AUAAACCAUUAUAUUGGGCCACCAUUGUACAACUUCCACAUUGGAUUCACCACCUCACACUUUCUUCUGCAUAUAUCAUCCUUUUCUCUGUUACUCUCUUCACACCAUUCUUUUCAUCAUUUAAUGCAACCUAUUCUAUUCUUAAACAUAAGCCAAAGAUUCAAGAUACAACUUCCUCUGUCAUUUAUUUCACCAUUUUCAAAUAACACCAAAACAGUUGAUAAAACAUUGUUGUCGUCCAUAUUGGAUGUAUUUGUCAUUUCACACUUAUUCAUCAAACUAAGGAGAGAAAAACAAAAACAAGACAUCAUCAUGGGACAUCACUCUUGCUGCAACAAACAGAAAGUGAAAAGAGGUUUAUGGUCUCCUGAAGAAGAUGAAAAACUCAUCAAAUACAUCACUACUUAUGGACAUGGUUGUUGGAGCUCAGUUCCAAAACUUGCUGGUUUGCAAAGAUGUGGAAAGAGUUGCAGAUUAAGAUGGAUCAAUUAUCUAAGACCUGAUUUGAAACGUGGAAGUUUCUCUCAUCAAGAAGCUUCACUCAUUAUAGAACUCCAUAGCAUUCUAGGAAAUAGGUGGGCUCAGAUUGCGAAGCAUUUACCGGGAAGAACUGAUAAUGAGGUGAAAAACUUUUGGAAUUCAAGCAUAAAGAAGAAAAUUCUUUCUCAUGAUAUUAUUCCAUCUUUCACCACAAUUUCUGAUAUUCAUACCCCCUACAAUAUUGGUUUUUUUGAGAGUUUUUUCCCAAACCCUAAUUUGAUCCAAAACUUCAACCAUCAUCACCAUCAAGAUAACCUAUACCUUCCAACCUCAUCUCAAAAUCUACAAGACAAUUUCCACCAAAUUGACACAAAGGUAGAUAUCCAUAACCAUUUGAAUGCCAACUUCCUUCACAUUCAAAAUCCAAUGCCACAAAUAGUACAACCAAUAUCUAAUCCUUUACCUUGUGAAGAUACAUGGCCUUUGAAUUGUGAAACUCUUCAUCUAAAUCAUAAUCUAUUACAAAAUCAAGUUUCCAAAAGUGAUGUCACCCCACUUAACAAGUUAAUGCAACAAUAUGAUCACAACUUGGUAGAACUUGAAACCUUUUUUCCUAAACUCAGUGAUCAUAGUUUUGAGGAUUAUGUUUGUAGCAUCCUAGAUUCAUCCGAUUCCAAGGAACAUGAAGCUCCAACAAAAUUUCAAUGCUACACUCCUAGUAUUAUUUAUCCACAAGAUCAAAAUGUGGAAGUCAUUCAUUUGGAUAACAUUGAUGCCCUCAUGUCAUCAUCAUUUCCAUCCUCAAGCAGCCAAAUAGUCACAAACCCUAUUAUUCCUUUAGGAUGGGAGCAUGAUCAUCGUUUUAAAUCGCAGUUGCAGUCGUAGUAGUUACAAAUAUGCUGUGAAAUUUUAUAUUGCGGCACAAUUGAAAAAAGUUCUAUCAAUAUGGUCAAAUUCGGUCGCGACUACAAUUUCUAACAAGGGAUAUGAAUUUGAUUUUAUCUAUUUACAAUAUGGGGGAUUUAUUUGUUGAUCAAUAUGCAUUUAAUUAUCUAAUGUAUUUUUUUCUUCAAGAGUGUGUUUAGAUUUGAUUUUAUUUGUUAACCUAAACCUUGCUAGUUUAGGUAUUUCCAUUAAGUGAUGCUUGUUGAAAGUUGAAUAAAUGUGUGAUGUACGUUUAGGUUCAUUUACAUGCAUGCAUGUAUGUUUGUCACCUUGAAGUAUAGUAUGUGAAUCAAUAUUAUUUAUGGAGAGCUA